ACUCAAUAAUUAAUCCUAGGUAGUAUUAUCCCUUUCUUUAUCCUGCUCAUGUUUUUUAAUUUUUAUUCUUCCGAUUAAUGCAAUAUUUAAUUAUUAAUUCUCGUGACCAUUCCCUAUAUAAAUAAACGUCAUUCUAGCUAAUGAAUCUCGAGCCAAAACUACAAUUUCCUUUCUCAUCAAACAACACACAAUAAAAAAAAUGAAAUCGAGUUUAAUGAAAAUAAAGAGAGUGACUGACCCGUUUGACGAGAACGCGAAGGCGCGGAUCGUCGGCGUUGAUAUGACCCGACCCGAUUACAUUAGCAGCGGCAGCGUCCACAGCCAGCCGCUCGACGACGACGCCACUUCCUCGCUCUUCCUCGGCUGCGACGAUGCCGCAGAGCCAGCUGCGGACGGCGGCGAUGCGGAGCUCGAUCGGUCAAUGUGCGAUUCGAUCGCGGAGAGCGUCGAUCUAAUCGGACGGAUCGUGGAGGACGAGAGAGAUGCGUACAGGAAUCAGCUUAGGGUUCAGGUUUCGAGAGCGGCGGAGAUUUUCGCGUGCCUGAGAUCGAACAAGCAGAUAAUGCGGCGUAAUGUGAUGGCGUAUUUGCGGAAUUCCGGUUACAAUGCGGCAGUUUGCAAGACAAAGUGGGAGAGCUCCGGCGGAUUGAGCGGCGGAAGCUACGAAUUCGUCGACGUCGUGCGGGGGGAUUCCGCAUCGGCAUCGAGAUACGUCGUCGAUUUGGAUUUCGCGGCGGAGUUCGCGAUCGCGCGGCCGGCGAGGUCGUACGAGUGCCUGCUGCAGCGAUUGCCGCGGAUCUACGUCGGAACGGCGGAGGAAUUGAGGCAGAUUUUGAGAGCGGCAAGCAACGCGGCGAGGUGGUCGAUGAAAUGCGGCGGCCUGAUUUUGCCGCCGUGGAGGAAGCAACGGUUCAUGCAGAGCAAGUGGCUAGGGCCGUACAGGCGGACGACUAGUCUGAUUUCAUCGGCGGCGAAACGGCGUCAAGUGCCGUGCUGUUGGUUUUGACGCCGCGGCUAACGGCGGUCGUUUGGUGUUUCCCGCGGCUGCUAGAACGAGAUGACUAAUUAACAAAAAACAAUACUACUAAUAUAUAUCUAUGGGAGAAUUUUUGUCGAUUUGAUAAUUUAAAAUAUGUAAGUAUGCAUGCUUUUAUUUGUGUAACGCGGCGGAUGCACUUUGUAUUACUGGCGGCGCAAUUGGUUGCAUAAAAUUUGUUAACUGAGACACAAAA